AUCCCUCCCAAUGGCAGAUUUUUUCCAGAGACAGAUACCUCUCGUCACAGCACCCCAGUCUCUUUCCGGUCGUGUGACGAAGAAGAACGUACCAAGAGAGUGUUACGUGAAUUCCUCUGUGGAUUAUUUCUUUAAGAGAAAAGUUGAUUUUUUUUGUAUUAAUUGAAUCUUUUGAUGAUGAGUCGAAGUGGCAGAAGUGAUAAAUCUAAUCAGGAGGCGACUCUUUUGACCUCAAUCAAUAAGGGUCAUCGGCCGUCUGUGGCCAUUCGUCGUCAACGACCAAGAGCCAUCCUCAAGUCAGGGGAUUGCAAUGUCUUGCAGGAGAAUCUGAGCCAUCAUCAGCUGAAAUUCCUCCAAGAUAUCUUCACGACUCUCGUGGAUCUCCAGUGGCGGCUGGUGUUGCUAAUUUUUGCUUUAAGUUUUUUGCUCUCGUGGCUCUUUUUUGCCAUAAUGUUUUGGCUUAUCUCACUAACACACGGUGAUCUCGAGGAGAUACACCUGCCCCCGAUGCAGGAGGCCAAUGGAUGGCGACCGUGUAUAAUUAACAUUUACUCCUUCACAUCGUGCUUCCUGUACUCCUUGGAAUCUCAGCAUACCAUUGGGUAUGGUGUACGAGCCAUCACCGAGGAGUGCCCGGAAGCUGUUUUUGUGUCCUGCAUGCAGGCGAUCUGUGGUGUCCUCGUUCAAGCCUUCAUGGCGGGUAUUGUCUUUGCCAAGUUAACCCGCCCAAAGAGUCGUUGCCAGACUCUCCUGUUCUCCCGGAGUGCCCUCAUCUGCCAACGGGAUGGAGAUCUCUGUCUAAUGUUCAGGGUGGGAGAUAUGCGGAAGAGUCACAUAAUUGGUGCCAAUAUACGUGCUCAAUUGAUCCACACCAGAGUAACGCCCGAGGGUGAGAGGAUUAAGCAAUACCACACAGAAUUGGACCUGAAGAUGGAUGAUUGUGAUUCAAAUCUCUUCUUAAUUUGGCCCGUAAUUGUCGUGCAUAAAAUCACCCCAGAUUCUCCGCUGUACAACCUCUCACCGUACGAUAUUAUGCAGGAUCAAUUUGAGAUUUUGGUCUUCCUCGAGGGAACCAUUGAGUCCACUGGACAGAGUACUCAAGCAAGGACGAGCUACUUGAAUACCGAGAUCCUCUGGGGCUAUCGCUUCCAGGAAAUUGCCAAUUUUAGCCCAGAAACUCGAGUUUAUGAGAUUGAUUAUUCAAAAUUCAACGAAAUCAUCCCCGUUGAGACUCCAUUCCCACUCUACCCACCACCCACCUCCACUAACAUGGAGGAAGUCUACCAGACAUCAUCGGAAAUCUAUCAGGCAAUCAGUGCAUUGCCAGAAACACCUCAACCUGUUCCAAAUCCUGUGAAUCUUCAGCUCAACAAUCUCGAUCAGUUUAUCACGAAAUUUCGCUCCCAUUCCAACUAUCACAUCUUCAACGGGUCAAGACGUCCCCUGAAAUCCCUCACAGACAUCGAAUCUGUCCAAUCGCAUCCCGGCAUUUGUCCAGUUUGAUGAGCUACGCAUGCCCACCAGGCGCCUCCAUUGCGCCACAGCCGAGACACAUUGCUCCAACCGAUUGACAACCGCAAAAAGCACCGCAGCAGGUGGAGCGCGGAGAAUUUCGUCUCUCAAAUUUUCUGCCACCUUUUUUUUCUUCUCCACACUGGUGCGGCUGAAAAGAAAAUAAGAGCAAGUCAGUUGGCCUACAUACACUUAUUUGGUAUUAAAAUCAGUGCAAAAAUUGUAAUCCGCUCUUAAUUGUGUGUAUAUUUUCACGGAAAGAAUCCAUAUGUGGGGGAAAAAGAGAAGUAGAUACAUAUAAAAUAUUGAAAAAAGAAUUAUAAUUUCCUGCCAUGUAAGGGAAUUAAUAAUUAAUUUAAUGCAAUUUUGAACAUUUUAGCUCUUUUUUGCCAUAAUAGCGUGUCAUUCAAUUUUUUUUCUCCACUAGAUCGCCACCAACGAUUGUCUUUUUUUUUCACUUGUGGUGGCACCUCCUUAAAGAAGUUGGUAAAAAAAAUCUCCGACGCUUAUUCCACCCAACUAAACAAGGUGGAUUGUUGAGGAGAUCUCUCCGCAGAUAAAUCACUCAACGACGGUAAUUACUUUUAGUUGUAAAUCAAGUUAAAAUCGAGUCAAUUUGGAGGAGUUGGUGGUAUAAAAUGGGUAUCAAUAGUUAAAAACUCGUCCAAUUUCUGCCAACAUUAAAUUUCCUCAACUUGGUGACAUUUUAAAAGCGCGCACGGUACUACCGACGGUCUUAAUUUAAUAUCAUAUCACUCACAAAAAUCGUCGCAUUAUCGCUGUCUGCACGUGACCAAAUUUUAUGAGAAAACCUUAAUGGACUGUUUGUAAUGUUCUGAUGGAAAGUUUACAUGAGGCAGGAUAAAAAGCAUAAAUUAACAUAACGAAAUAAAAAUUAAAUUCCUUCAAAUAAAAAUUAUUAGAUUUAGGGGAAACUGGGGCUAUUUGCUAUAUUUUUUUCAGAAUUAUUCUUGUGAAUUUUUCUUUAUUAUUCAAAAAGAAUUUUUUUGUUCUAUCACAUUGUCUUGGCUAUUUCAUGCUACUUUUUUGAGAACAUAAAUACAUUCAUUCUCUUCAGAGAUGUA